AUGGCAAUGCCUAUGGCAACACCCGGAACAGUCCUGGGAACCUCGGCUUUGUUUUUUACAGGAGCUUUAAUCAUGAGAGGUGCCGGUUGCUCGAUAAACGACCUGUGGGAUAGGAAUUUGGACCCUCAGGUGACCAGGACUCGUCUUCGUCCCAUCGCUCGUGGCGCCAUCACUCCAUUUAAAGGUCUUGUCUUCACAGGAUUCCAGCUUCUUGCAGGUCUCGGAGUACUGGUCCAGUUUCCAUUCGAGUGUCUCUAUUACGGGAUACCCAGCUUGCUAUUUGUAGCAAGUUAUCCUUUGGCCAAGAGGGUGACCUACUAUCCCCAAUUUGUCCUGGGAUUGACAUUCUCUUGGGGUGCAAUGAUGGGAUUUCCAGCCCUCGGUGUCAACCUGUUCUCUAACGCUGACGCGCUGGCAGCAGCUGCGUGUCUCUAUGCGUCAAACGUGGCAUGGACUGUCUUAUACGAUAUGAUUUAUGCUCAUAUGGACAUCAAAGACGAUGCCAAGGCUGGAAUCAAGAGCAUAGCCCUCAAGCAUGACAAGGAAACAAAACAGGUGUUGACUGGGCUGGCAGUUACCCAGAUUGGCCUGCUCGCGGCCGCUGGAUAUGCGGCUGGUGCUGGCCCUGUUUUCUUCCUGGGAAGCUGUGGCGGAGCUCUCGCCACCCUGGGUAUCAUGAUCAAGCGUGUGAAUCUGAAGAGCGUGAAAGACUGUUGGUGGUGGUUUGUGAAUGGCUGUUGGAUCACAGGAGGUGUGGUAAGCUUAGGACUGGCCGGGGAUUACGCUGUUCGCUACUAUCAGCAACCUGCCGAACUUGAUGAGAUAGAUAUCGAGACCGAGAAGGAAUCUUGA